CCAGAAUUGGGUGGAAACGCGUCGGCGCAGAGCCCCCCGACUCACCGCCACUGAGAAUCCAGCACUAGCGCUUGCAUCGUUAACCAGCCUGUGUUCACCAUCCAGCCGAGUCGGACAGAGAGCUCACCAUCCAUCACCAUCAGAUGCAUCAUGGCUUCAGUGGUUACCCCCGGGUCUACCAAGGAGCGCCAGCCGCCCACGGAAACAGCGGGCAGCAUCUUAGUAGCAGCUGCUACGCUCCACGGACCGCACGCCUCACUCAGCAUCAGCCCCUGGAGGAUAGUGGAUGACUGCGGUGGAGCCUUUACAAUGGGCAUCAUUGGUGGAGGAGUCUUCCAAGCGGUAAAAGGGUUCCGGAAUGCCCCCGUGGGGAUCAGUCACCGCCUGCGGGGCAGUAUGAGUGCUGUGAAGAUCCGUGCGCCACAGAUCGGAGGCAGCUUUGCAGUGUGGGGAGGCUUGUUCUCCACCAUUGACUGUGGAUUAGUCAGACUUCGUGGAAAGGAAGACCCUUGGAACUCUAUCACCAGUGGAGCCCUCACAGGGGCUGUUUUGGCAUCGCGCAGUGGGCCCCUGGCCAUGGUGGGCUCUGCGCUAAUGGGGGGCAUUUUAUUGGCUCUCAUAGAGGGAGUUGGAAUCCUCCUUACUCGCUACACGGCGCAACAGUUUCAAAACCCCAACCCCUUUGGAGAGGAGGCGAGUAACAUACCUCACUGACGCCGACCUCAUCUGCCGCUCUGGCUGCGUUACUGCGGGAAAGCACGAGCUGUGCCACAGAGGAAUUCUGGGAAUGUGAGCGCUAAAUGGGCCUGUACUUCUUUCUUAGAAAUAAACAGUGUUUAUUGUAAA